CCGCCGCCAGCGCUGUGACCCCGCCGUGUUUUACAGCGGAGCCCCGAGGGUUGUUCGUGCGGAGCCUCCGGGUCCUCGGCAAACGUAGACGCUGCCGUUCAUCAAACAUCCUGCCGGUAUCCGAGCUGCUGACGCAGCACUGCCCGGAGGAGCGACGCCACAGUGAGAAUUCUUUGAACCAUGGGUGGAAAACUGUCACUGUCUUGGAAAACACCUGUCCAAAAGGAGAGUGAAGACAAACAGAUCUUACCCAGGCAACUGGAUGAUGAAGAUGAAAUCAGGGAUUACGCCAGUAUCAGCGACUCUGCCAUGUCCUGCGUGGGCACUGCAUGUCGAAGCUACGUCAACUGCCCAACCUGUCAGGGAACAGGAAGGAUCCCUGGGGAGCAAGAGAAGCAGCUGGUGGCUCUGAUUCCAUAUGGUGACCAGAGGCUGAAGCCUAGACGAACGAAACUCUAUGUAUGUCUUGCUGUGACAACCUGCCUGCUGACAACAUCUCUCAGUAUUUUCUUCCUGUUUCCUCGCUCCAUCACUGUGCUGCCUGCAGGGCUGAAUGCCUCCUCCGUUGGCUUUAACGCCACCACCACCAGUAUAUACCUCAACAUGACGAACGUGCUGAACAUAACUAAUAACAACUUCUACCCCGUCGCUGUUGUGCAGCUAGACAUAGAGGUUUUGCACCAGUCCCUAGUGGUAGGGAAGAGCACCAUGAAAGCCCUGCUGAAUAUGAGCCCUUUGCAGAGCGGCCAGAUCUUUUAUAUGGUGGUCAGUAGGAUAGUGGACGACAACACCUAUAACAUUUGCACCUGGACAAAAGUCAAAGUUCACAAUGUUCUGCUGCACAUACAGGGUACCCUGACCUGCACGUACCUGUGUCAUUCAGAGCAGUUGGCUUUUGAAGACUACCAGUACGUGGACUGCCGGGGGAAUGCCACGCUACCUCGCCCGUCGUACCACCGCCUGCCAUGACAUAGACAGGUUGGCGGAGCUUUUGCAUGUAGCAUGUUCCACCACAAAGGCAAGUCACAGGGAGACAAACUUCUGGGAUGACUUCUUAAUCUGCGCUUUAAACAGGAGGCUCGGUGUUUUCUGGGUAAGACUUCCAUCUCUCAUGCAAAGAUAGUAACACACUUGGCCUUAGGAACAUGGACUCUGCUGCCCUCAGGUUCCAGCUUUCCUUUUUCUGUGCCUUAUCGUGGCUGACGCCUCGGCAAUGACCAGGGCACGGGGUGUCUGCGUGGUGCAUCGGAGUGGGCCACGCUGUGUGACUGCUGCUUUGGAGGCAGCACCCUACUAGUCAGACUAACUCUAGUUGUUUUCUCCUUGUAUAAUUUUGCACUUCUGUCCUGAAUUUAAGUAUUUCAUAACUUCAAAAAGGAGGGCUACAUGAGACUUUUUGGCUGGAUUACAUCUGCAUCACCAGAAUCUAAAGAAUCUAAUGACACCUGCACAUGAGGAAGAAACAGGACUGAUGUCUCUGAGUCUUAAGAAAAACUACUGCAUGUCAUACUGAAAUGAGAGUGACUCUUGGGUGACUGCUCUUUUAAGUUGUCCAGUACAGCAGGUGAACAUAGGCAUUUCUGCAUAGAUGUGUUUUUAAAACAAGCUCAUCCAUAGCUGUUCCUUAAUGGCAGCCAUUUCCGUGGGAAGAAAAUACAUUUUGUAUCAUGAACCAGAAGAUUGCUGCUUUCCUGCCAGUGGUGUUUGGUGGUCAGCACAUGCUGUUGGUUGUAUUUUCUUGUAUGUUUUGGUAUUUAAUGCUUCCAACUUUGAACAAGCAUGGGAGAGUUCACCUCUGACUGGAAAAAGUUUGCACAAAUAUCAGGAAACAGCUGGUUUUGGGGCAGUGGUGUGUCAGGGUUUGGGGUUGGGCUUUUUUUUUUGCCUAAAGCUGCAGAACUACCCAACAGACUUUACAGAAGGAACAGCCCUGCAAGCCUUCUCUCCUUGCACGGCUGGCAGUUGUAUCCCCCAAACGACGGAGGGGUUAAACGUUAUUCCUGAGGUUCAGAUUUAGAUGCUGCCUGAUGCUUUCUAGAUGAUAAAUUGGAGCCUGGGAGUUACUCAGCAGUUAAGCAUUUUCCUGCAUCUGUCCCACUGAAAUAUAGAACCAAACUGUCAGAAUAGUUGAAGAUUAUGAAAGAAAGUCUCUGAUCCUGUUUCUGAAAUACGCUUCUUAAACCAGCACCUUUAGAGCUGUUGCUGGGGGGUGCUCCCCCCUAGUGCCAUCCCUUGAGAUCACACUGAAACGGGAACGAGUCGCCUUCCCCCUCCAGCAGGGAGGAAGCAGCUCCAUGUCUGAAAUCCUCGCGGCUCAUCACCGCUCCAAGUCCUUUUCGUUUUGCCCUGUCGUGGAUUCUGCUCUGCACCGCCCUC